UUCGUGCUUUAUUGAGGCUGCUGGAGAAGACUAAUUCUUAAUACUCCUUUCUAGGAGCUAGACAAUCUCACAGGGACCUUUACUAUAAUACACAACCACACACACACACUUCAUACACUCUCUCAGCACCAUGUUGGAGGAGAAGAAGACCAAGGUGAAGGUCACAUUCUUCGUCAUCCUGGUGGGCAUCUCCUGCAUGCUGGCUGCCAUGGUGACGGACCACUGGACUGUACUGAGCCCGCCGUUCGACAAGUUCAACGCCACCUGUGAGACGGCCCACUUUGGCCUCUGGAAGCUCUGCAUGAAGACCAUCUUCAUGGUGGAGGAGGACCCUGAGGGCCAGGGCUGUGGCCCCAUCAGUCUGCCCGGAGCCAAGAAUUGCUCCUACUUCAAACACUUCACAAAGGAAGAAGAGGCCAAAGGGUUUGAAGCCAAAACUCAGAAAGAGUACAACCUCUCAGCAGCGGCCAUUGCUGUGUUCAGCCUGGCCUUUAUGACCCUGGGGUCGCUGUGUGUCGUGUGCUCCUUCGGGAAGGGGAGGGACUACCUGCUGAGGCCUGCUGGGAUGUUCUUUGCCUUCGCAGGUCUCUGCAUCAUCAUCUCUGUUGAGGUGAUGCGGAACUCCACCAAGCGGAUGAUUGACAGCGAGGAGACCGUCUGGGAACAGUACUACUACUCCUGGUCGUUUGAAUGUGCCUGCACCUCCUUCGUCCUCCUGGUCUUCAGUGGUCUCAGCCUGUUGAUCAUCUCCAUGCCCCAGAUGCCACGCAACCCCUGGGAGACCUGUAUGGACGCAGAGCCAGACUCCAUGGAGCCCUUAGACUAGUAGUAGAUCAGAUUAGACCUGCCCAGAUGAACCCCUGGGAGACCAGUAUGGACGCAUAGCCAGACUCCAUGGAGCCCUUAGACUAGUAGUAGUAGAUCAGAUUAGACCUGCCCAGAUCAACCCCUGGGAGACCUGUAUGGACGCAGAGCCAGAGUCCAUGGAGCCCUUAGACUAGUAGUAGACUCCACUAGAACAGACCAGACUAGUCUAGACCAGGGGAAUCUUCAACAAAGGCUGCCAAAACCAUACAUGUUUUUAUAGAAUCCAACUGAAGAUAAACUAAAUUGAUACAGAUGAUACUUGAUGAUACAGAUGAAUGAGAGUGGGGCACACCGCCUAAGUAAUAGUAGUAGGGGAAACACUGCACUACACUUGCUUGGUUUUAAGUGUACAGAUAAAUAUGUAAGGCAGGAUCUCUGAGCAGUCCUCGAGGGCCACAGAUUUUCCUUUCUUUGGUCCUUAACUGAUACAUUUCUGUCAUUGAUUACAGAGAGUGUCCGCUCUCCUGGUCCAUAUCAUCCGUUACUAAGCAACAGACACUGUGGCACUUGAGGACUGCCCUGAUAUAGGGUGCGUUAGUAAAUUCACCAUGGCAACUUACUUCGAAAUUCAGAACACUCUGGUUGGAGAGUGCCAGAGCGCAGAAUAAUUUAUGAAUUUACGAACUGCCUAAACUCAGUUGUUAUGAUAGAUUUUUAGUAAACAUCGGCUAAAAAACGGAAUUAAAUUGUUGCCAGUAACACAGUUACAGUCACUAACCCUCUUGAUAACAUGGAAACACUCUAGCACUAAUAGCAGCACUGCAAGGGUGAGUAACAUGUUCAGAGUGAAGUGUUCUCUCAUUUGUGUCUGGAAGUAGCUAGCAAACAAGCUAAGCAAGUUUAGCCAGUUGGCUUGGGAGCUUGAAGGCCGAUGUAAAGUCAGAAUGCUCAGAUUAACCCUACACCUCAGCCAGAGUGUCCAGUGUGCACUCUGAAUGCUCAGAUUAACCCUACACCUCAGCCAGAGUGUCCAGUGUGCACUCUGAAUGCUCAGAUUAACCCUACACCUCAGCCAGAGUGUCCAGUGUGCACUCUGAAUGCUCAGAUUAACCCUACACCUCAGCCAGAGUGUCCAGUGUGCACUCUGAAUGCUCAGAUUAACCCUACACCUCAGCCAGAGUGUCCAGUGUGCACUCUGAA